AUGGAAGGGCGGUCGUUCGAGUUGAGCGAGGACGAAAGCAGCGUCGACGGCGGCGAGGAAAACGAGGAUGGUCACGGCGACCAACUUUCCGCGCUGAGAAGAGAACCGAGCGUGACGUUUCCCAGAGGCUUCAGCUCUAAGGAGGAUUUGGAGAUUGGGACGCCAAAGUUAGGGGGGUUGAUGUCGAGCGGCGGCGUUUUCGCCAACGCAGACGACGCGACAAACGACGUUGGCGAGGAGGAUUUGGAGGACGAAUGCGCGAGGCGAAGGUCGAUGGAUGAGUUUCGCAGACCAGCAUCGAUAUCGUUACCGCGACGUGGUGGAUUAUCAUCGGCAUUUAGCGCGAUUGAUUUGGCAUCGAGCACGGAAAAACCGCCGCGAGCGCCAAACGCGCAUCGCGUUUCGCAAGAAUUUGAAGAGGAGAUUGAUAGACUGCGAGAUAAAUUCGACGUGAACGAUACGAGCGCAUUUUCACCCGCUUUCCAUUUUAAAACCGGGGAAGUGAUUAACGCAGGAGCGGAUUCUCCGCCGGUGGCGUUCUAUGCGUACGCUCAAUCUCCCGCGUCCACGAGUAGUAAACACGCGGCGUCUGUUUCGCCUCGAGUGCGAGAAGGCACAUUUUUAGGCAGCUCACCGAGAAGUUUAGGUACUUCUCCCGGAAGCUUCACUCGAGGUGGCAUCAUGGGAAGAAGUGGUCCGAAACCGUUACCAACCUCUUCUUCUCCAAACUUUCACGAACCGCUCCGAAGAGAAAUCGGGUUCGAUGGAGCCGGAUUCAAAAACGCUCGCGAGCGCUAUUUCGAACAAGUCACGAAAUUCCUCUCCGAACGGUUCCAACACGAAGACGAUUACGAGAACACCUGGAUUAGUUUACGCUCGAAAUCCGAACCGAGUUUAUUCAAGUUGUGCAAAAAACCUUUGACGAUGGGUGAAUCCUACCAAGAAUUCUUUGUAGACCACGCGGACGUGUUCGAACUCUCCGAGGACGAACGGCACGUUCGCUUGAUAAGAUAG